AUGAAGUAUUAUUCUGGCAAAAAUACUCAUCUUAAUAAUGAUCGUUCUUAUCAUUCUGAUAAUCAAAAAGGAAGGUCCAAAAGUCCAAGUCGACAUAGGUCACGUUCUCGUGGUAGGUCCUCCUAUAGAUCAAGUCGAUAUAGGUCACGUUUAAGACAUAAAUUAUGUUCAAGACAUAAACCACGUUUAAGACAUAAAUCACAUUCAAGAAAUAGGUUUUGUGAUAUAAGUCACUACAGUUCUAAAACUAGUCAAUAUCGGUCAAAAAGUCAUCAUUCUGAAAGAUCAACGCUCAAUACAUCAGAACCAUAUAGAAAAUUUAUUGAACCUGAGAAAAAACAACUACUUAUAGCGAAGGAUAAAGGUUUUUGA